AUGAUCCGGUCGAGGCUACUGCUCAAGCUCAGUUGGUGCCUGAUAUGUUUGUUGGAAUCGGUUGCGAGUCUACCAAUGGAGCAAACUGUUCCAUUCAAGCGAAUGGAAUGUUUCUAUGAUACUUUCCAGGAAGGGGAACGAGCCACCAUGAGUAUUUUUGUCUUGUCGGGCUCACCCUUGCAAGCCACGAUUCGUUUGGAAGGACCCCUGGCGCCACUGGGAGCCGAUCAAAAUAUGCAAAAAUUUCACGAAUCCGUCAUGGAGUUUGAACGAAAUCCAAAUGCCAAAAUGACUUCCGAUGACUUUGUCUACGAACAGCAAGUGGUGGAUUUUGAAAGCAUCGAAUUCGAACCACUCGAAGAAGAAGAAGCCGUAGACCAAAUAACCGGAGACGACAAGCAUUCCGAAGUCAUGAAAGUUUACGAGCGGGCCAAACGACGAAACGAAAUCGCCAAACGCAAGCGACAGGCGGUCCGAGCCUCGGACGAUCCCGUCUUGUUUACCAAUGGGGUGCCGAGAGCGGGUUGGUACCGAGGCUGUGUCGUGGCCCACGUGGACACCGUCGAUGUGGAAUUUGAUUUGCGCAAAGAGUCGGAUUAUGGGAUGCAUCCCAGUAAUGAUCAUGUCUUGUCACAGGAUGAUUAUCGGCGAUUGCAAGAAGAUAUAAGUUCCGAUGCGGCCCAAGAGAAGGCUACUGCGGCCAUGACGAAAAAUGGCCGCCGCAAUGUCCAACAACUACAAUGGCAACAAGGAGAAAUGGCCAAUGACGAGGAUUUUGUACAAGCCAAGGAGAAAAUCAAAGAAUUGCGAAGCCUUUUGGCAGACAUUCAGUCCCUCAUGGCCAAGGAACGUCGACGAGUCGCCACCCACAAACAAAUUAACGAACAUUCCCAUCAACGAAUGGUCAAGGCAUCCUUUUGGGAAACUGUACUCUUUGUCGGCAUUACACUCAUGCAAGUCUACUUGAUUCAUACAUGGUUUACUUCUGGAGCUCCAGUUUUGGGAAGAUGA